AUGCUUCUUCGGAGAGAUCGCCCCCGAGGACGAACCCAUCCACACGGUACUGAGUGUCCUUUCAGUAAUCCAGACCCCGAUAUUAUUCACAUCAAGGACAAGUUCCCAAAGCUCAGAGAGACCCCUUGGCUUGCAGACCGACUGGGCACAUGGAUCACCAAGAGGCGCGACUAUAUUCGCUACCGGCAAACACAUCGCAGGAAAUUGGCCAAGGCGCGGGAAGUGCUGGGACCGGAUAGCCAGUCCGUUCUCAUCUCGGGUCAAGCUACAACAAAGGCGACUUCUUUUCACGAGGCCGGCACCGCUACGGAAGAGCCGUGCGGAGAAGAUAUACAGGAUGCUACAACUCGGAGCUUGGUCAGCGCAGCGACCUCCUUUGCCACGACAGCCAUGUCUGUCUUUGGGUCUGGGCGGAGAAUUCCAGACUUGGCAGACAUGUCGCUUGACGGAGUCCAGCUCCAGUACGGAAGCCACAUAGAAUGCCCCUACUGCCGCACGAUACAGCAGUUCAAAGACAGGACGGAGUGGAAGAGUCACGUAUACAGCGAUUUGCAACUCUACGUCUGUACUUUUGAAGGUUGCGCCGCGACACCGUUUGCAUCAUCUGGCGAGUGGUUCAAACACGAAAUGGAUAAUCAUCGACGCCAAUGGAGGUGCAACCUCUGCAACGACAAGUUGCCAACAGCUCGCUCGUUAGAAGCGCACUUUUCUUCCAAUCAUUCGGAGACAGUGGCCCCGGCUCAAAGGAGCAUCAUGGUCAAGGCGGGUGAGCAGCCACUCACCGACUUUGACCAGUCCUCGUGCCGAUUUUGUGAUUGGAAACAGACGGAUAGCAGGAAGCAUUUCAAGUCUCAUGUAGAGAAACAUCUACAAGAGCUCGCUCGAGAAGCUCUCCCUCUUUCGAUUGAAGGGCUCGAGGUCCACGCUGACACCGACGAAGACACUAGCAUCACGGUUUCCGAGAGAGACAUGCCUGAUCCGAGCAAAGUGCGAACCUGGACGGAUAGAAGUCUGUCGUUUACAACCGAAGCUCAGUUCCUCGGUGUCAAGGACGGCAAACUCCGCCUACACAAGACGAACGGCAUCAAGAUUGCUUCCCCGAUGUACUUGAUCUCCCUUGACGACAUCAAGUACGUCGAAGAUUUGACGGGGCUCUCAUUGCAAAAGGCAGAUGGCCAGCAAACCCCGAGUUCGGACGACUGGCGACACCUAGCACCUACUCCUCGUGAAUUAUCCACAGAUAGUCCCAGCCGACCGACACUAUUUCAGUCAUCGUCAAGAAGAGCUGUGCGCCAACUUUUUUUAAAGAACAAGGAGUAG